AUGGGAAACAGUCCCUCCAAGAGUCCGCCAGGAAACUCGCAGACUCCAUUAACUGGUCCUCACAAUGUUCCCGGCCAGGAGCGAAGGGUGAGCAGGCGGACUUCGAUCAAUGCAUUGUCAAGCACAAAAGCGAGUGCCGCCGAUCCCUCGGCUACCAGAGAGAGCGCGACAGGCCAACCGGCAUCUCAUGGUGUACAGCAACGUCUACAGUCGCGAAAUGUCCCUGCCCAGACGACACAGCCGAUUCACGAACUGCCGGACAGGACUGGUGGAAGGAGAUUCGAUGGUCGAUAUCCAACUAGAGAGGCUGUAGAGGCUUCGAAUCCAGUCCAAGUUCCUUUAUCAACGAAUCGUGCUGGCACAAGGCGAGAUGAAGGUCACAUGCCCCACGAGUCUUCGGCCAAUCCUGCAAAUAUUUCAAACACAUACUACUCAACAUCUCACCUUCAAAGAGGCCCGCCUCGAUUACCUCUGCCCAUUGGGGACGCCGAUGCUACACCCGGUUCGCCGGUCAUCGCGCCGGCAGAUUCGCAAGUAGAUUCAGUUCCCUUUGAGCUGGAGAACCAAGUACCUCAAGCAACGAUAUCCCUUGAUGACCCGAAUGUUGAUGAAGAUGAAGUUGAAGAUGAAAUGUUGGCGUAUGCCAUGCAUGGACCGGGUACCAAGGCUGUACCAACUGUGAUCGAAUGGAAGGGGACCGGAGACCGAGUUUUUGUUACCGGUACAUUUGUUAACUGGGAGAAGAAGUUCAGAUUACACAAAAGUGAUACGGAGCCUAAUGUCAAGUCGACUACAUUGCAUCUUCGCCCUGGUACACACCACCUCAAAUUCAUCGUCGAUGGCGAUAUGCGAGCCUCAGAUGACCUCCCGACUGCCGUCGACUUCACAAAUCAUCUAGUCAACUACAUCGAGGUGGUAACAGACGACCUCCAAGGCCAACGAUCCCGCCGUCCAAGCGAACGGGCAAUGAAAGCCAUGGUUCCCCCAGGCGUUCAUCCACCUCAAGUCCUCCCCGAAACCGUAACCGCCCAUCAAACUCAAGACUCUCUUGACAAGGACGAAGAACCCGAAGAAGAGCCUGAAGAGGAAAUCCCCUUGGGCAACUUUAGUGGCACCGUCCCUCAAUUCUUAGUGGAUAUUGACCGUGAAGACGAAGAUGAGGAAUAUCAAAGAGCUGCAAAUGUGAUUGCGGAUGCUACCACGCCGCCAAUCCUCCCGUUGUUUUUGGGUAGAUCGAUUCUGAAUGGCACGACACCAAUGAAGGAUGAUAACAGUGUCUUGAAUUAUCCGAACCAUACGGUGCUGAAUCAUCUUGCGACGAGUAGUAUCAAAAAUGGCGUUCUGGCUACGAGUGUCACGACGAGAUAUAAAAGAAAGUAUGUCACUACUAUAUUGUACAAACCUACAGGGGAUACUAUGUAA